CUGUUGCCUAUGCUCUUAUAUCGAGUUUGUUUUGCCACAGCGUCAUGUGACAAUGUUAAUCUGAUUUAUUGCGUUGUGCAAGAGACACAAUGUUUCACUGUUGUGCCCUUAGUUACAAUGUAGCAGCAGUCUAUGCAGUAGGCGGCGCAUCUACUUCUGUCAUUACGAUCGGAGCAGGAAAAGUUUCAGUUUUAUCAACAAAUGCCCACGUUAUCGAAUAAUAAGGAUGACAUCAACACAACUGUAGUGUCCAGUGAAACCAAAGAUCUCGAAUGUGGAUCGUGAUGUGUUGUUGAAAUAAUCAUCAACCAAAACGCUAGACUACAACAACAACUGCGAUGGUUUUGAACUUUGUACCGACUUCUCAUUGAACAAGAAUCGCGGAAGACUGGUUGGUAGCAGCAGCAUACAGGGAUUGGAAACGAAACUGAAGGCAGAGAAACGACGGAGAAAUGAGGGCCUAGUUAAGAUACGCACAGCCCCUGCUACAAGAUCAGAAGCGAGUCAUCAUUGCCCAGUCAUGGCUUUCGCGUCCGCCGAGCGCCCCAUAGAAACGCCGUGGGGUGACCGCCACCCACAAGUGCAGGACGAGUUUACAUGCUCUACGGCGCUGCGGGGAGCCGUGCUGAACCUCCAGCCGACGGUGAAGCGCGUUUUCGGCGUGGAGCUGGACAUAGCCGUGGAGGAGGUGGAGGCGGAGGCGCAUCAGACCGGGCUCAUGUGGUUGCAGCUGAAGGGGACAACGGGUGACGUUCAAGCAGCCAAGCUCUUUGUGAAGGGCGUAGUGAACCAGGAGGAGCAGCAGGAAGUGUUCUACCCAGAGGUCCUUCACUGUGUCUUCUGUGGAGCCCGAGGGCUGUUCAUGGACUGCCUGAUCAGAAACACUUCGGCUCAUAUUGUGGUGGGAUCCCCAGGCUGUGUGCUCAUCUCCGGCCUGGCCGAGCCUGCGGUCCGGGCCUACUCCCUCAUCGUGGACCUGGUGGAGAGGUACGAGGCCAGCCAGGGUCGGCGCAUGGAUGCUGGGGCGCGGGGAGCAGGCGAGUCCCUGGACUCCCGUCGAGCCUUCAAGGCCCUGGUGGAGAGGUGGGACGACCGGCACACGCUGGACCUGCUGGUGCUGCCGGCAACGGUGAAGGAGGUCCUUCUGGAAUUAGUGAGGGACAGCCGCUGGGGAUCGACCUCUACCUCGACCUUGACCGCCGAGGCUCCUGCUCUUGCGCCGUGGACAGACCUUGACCGGCCCAGUGCAGGGCUGGGGGCUACAGCCCUAGACAAAGAGUCUUACAACACGAUCCCAGAGCUUCACACUGACCACAGAAACCAGCACAUACCAGGAGGCAGCAACAACACCACACAUCUGCUCCUUCCAUCUCAGUCAAACACAUCAAUGGAGGCAAGUGCACAGCCCCAGCAGCAGGGCACAGUUUUACCCUCUACCUCUCCUGGAGUAGCACCGCCUGGAGCAGUACCAUUUGACCCCUUCACCCGUGGUUUGGUAGCUGUAGAUGGGGCCCACCCUGCUCUGGGUCCCACAGAGGUCACCAACGUGGACAUCAGAGAUCCAGGUCUCCAGGCAGCGCAGCCUCCUGAAUGGACGAGAAGCAUCCCGCAAGAAGAUUCCGAUAUCGACAUCAUUGUUGACGAGGACGAUGAUGAUGAUGUUGUUGAGGUGUCGCCCGUGACGACGGGCCUGCCGGUGGGUGCUGGUGGUGGUGUUGGUGGCGGCAACGGUCGCCAGGACGACGUGAGCCUCCUGCUGAAGUUCUUCACGGCCAUGGGCUUCCGGGAGGAGGCCGUGCGGAGGGUGAUCGCCCGCACGGGCCCGCGGGACGCCUGCGAGAUCCUGGAGCUGGUGCAGCAGGAGCAGGACCGGGAGCAGGCGCAGGGCGACAUGGAGGUGGUGGUGGAGGAGGAGUGGGAGGAGAGGACAAAGGAGGAGGGGGAGGAGGUGGACACCACCCGAAACAAGAACCACACCAGCAGCAGCAGCAGCAGGAGGUCAGGUGAUGGAGCUGAAGGGGAGUCAGGCCUGAAUGGGAGGUUGGAGGAGAGAGGAGGGGCAACACUGAGCCACAGUGCUGCAGGGAGCAUGGCAGACAGCAGAGCAGGAGAAGGAGGGAUCAGGAGGAGUACGAGCAGACAAGAGCAGGAGAAGGAGAAGAGGAAAGAGGUGGACAAUAAGAAGUUUGAGGAGGAGGAGGAGAAGGAGGACUUUGUCCUGGGUGUGGUGAAGAAGGCGGCUGCCAGCUGCGGCUACACGGAGGAGCAGGUGCAGGAGGUGUGCAGCAACCUGCCAGAGGUCAGCCUCCACCAGGUGGUCCUGGAGCUCCAGAGGCAGACGGGGAAGGACGGCAAGCCACCUGGGACAAACGCAACAGGAGCAGCAGCAGCAGCAGCAGCAGCAGCAGCAGCAGCAGCAAACUCCUCCGCUUCUGCUUCUGGUUUUGGUUUCGACGCGGCUCGACAAGGACAGCAGAGACCUCAAGAGUCGGUUGACGUUUCGGAUGGCUUGGUCAAUGAGGAGGAAAGGACGAGGAGGAGAAGAAGGCAAGAGGAGGAGCUGGAGGAAGAGAAGAGGAGGAAUGCUACUAAAGAUGUGAAGGAUAGAACAGUCGUUGGAACGAGACAGACUGAGAGGGAAGGCGACUAUCAGAGGACAACGGUAGGCACAGUGAGACCACAGGCCACCAAAGAACCGACUUCACAGAAUGCACCCAAACCUUUUUCAGAACACACAGCGAUCGAGAGGUACCUCAUCGACCAAGCGUACGGUGACAAAAGCCAUGAGGUCUCGCCGCAUACGGAAAGGACUACAGCCACAAACAAACAGCAAGGUGGUCUUCAACGUUUUCAGCCUCCUGGAACCGAAGCUGCUGGGAAGACCAAACCAACCAACUGGAACACCUUUAGUCAUCCAGGCCAGCCUCGAGCACCCAACCCUGGUCAGUCGCACAAAGGAGGCCAAAUACAAGCAGCCCCCAUCAGAGGUCCACCACGACCCCUCUACCCACAACAGAUUUUCGUGCCUACGCCAGGCCCUGCACAGGCGUCCUUCCCCUCCAGGCCCCACCUGAGGCAGAACGUCCGACCCCCGACUGCGAUAGCAGCAGGGGCUGGACCCAUCGUCACCGGGCAACGGCGCUUCCUGGAGAGCCUGCAGAAGCCGUUUCAGCUGGAGCUGGCCGACGAGCCCGGAGAUCCAAGCCUGCGUCAGGUCAUCAUCGACGCCAGCAAUGUUGCCAUGAGCCAUGGCCUAGGCCAGUUCUUCUCGUGCCGGGGCAUCGCCCUGGCUGUGCAGCACUUCUGGGACCGCGGCCACCGCCAGAUCUCAGCCCUCCUACCCCAGUGGAGGGAGAAGAGGGACCCCAAAGUCAAAGAGCAACAGUAUCUGACUCAGUUGAGCAGCCUUGGCCUGCUGUCAUACACACCGUCCCGGGAAGUCCAGGGGAAAAGAAUCAACUCCUACGACGACAGGUUCAUGCUUCAGCUUGCCCAGAAGACAGGUGGGGUGAUUGUGACGAAUGACAACAUGAGAGAUCUGUUUGACGAAUCAUAUCAGUGGAAGGACAUCAUUAGGAAAAGCCUGCUCCAGUACACGUUUGUUGGGGAUCUCUUCAUGGUUCCAGAUGAUCCUCUGGGCAGAGACGGGCCUCAUCUCAAUGACUUCCUUCGCUCGCAGCCGAGAUCCGCCAUGAACAGCAGUCACACUUUUCCCUCUUCAUACUCCAACCAAAACCAACACCAACGUUUUCAGUCUGAGCUGCCGCAGUUCCGUGACCACACACUAGGGGGCAGCCGAGCCCCAGCACCAGAGGAGUUCCAGUCUGACCAUGCUGCAGACCUCUGGGGCUGGGAGCUGGUGAGGCCAGGAGGGGGCAGUAAAGCGCCUAAAGGUCGAGGGGACGGCGGCCCCGGUGGCGUCACUGGGGCGAAGAAGAAGCAGCAGCAGCGGAGUGCGGAGGAGACGUGCCGGCUGCGAGAGAGCCUGACCCAGGUGUUCCCCGGCCAGGCCGGAGCCGUGGCCUCGGCCCUAUCCAACCACCCCACGCUCCGCGACGUCAACAUGCUCUCCCACUUUAUACUGGAGCAGCAGACCGCCGGAGACUAGAGGGGAGGAGAAGAAGAGGUGUGUGUGUGUGUGUGUGUGUGUGUGUGUGUGUGUGUGUGUGUGUGUGUGUGUGUGUGUGUGUGUGUGUGUGUGUGUGUGUGUGUGUGUGUGUGUGUGUGUGUGUGUGUUGGGUCCUGGGGUACUAUGUUUUGUGUUUGUUUGAUAUGGGUAGGUGGGAUUGUGCAUUUAGUGUUUGUGUGUGUGUAUGUGUGAUAUGGGAAGGUGAGACUGCCUGUAGUUGCCGGCCUUCAAGGUGAGUAUGUGUGUGUGAAUGUUUGCAUAACAUACAUAACAUACGUGUGUGUGUGCAUGUAUGAGUGCGUUGUGGGAGAGAGAGAGAACAUGCAUGCAUCUUUUUGUGUAGCUGUGGGCAGUUGGAUGAGCGCAAGCCCGAACUACUAAGAUGACAUGAGACUACAAAUUAUGAAUGAAAAUCAGCGCAUAUGCACUGCUAGCCUUAACUUCAUGUCAUCUGACAUCUGAUAUCUAGCCAUAUUUAUCCCAUUGACCUUACUUUGUUCCCCAAGAGUUUACAAGUCAUUAAAAGGGGAGAGUAGAGGGUUCUUUUGCCAAUCAUUUUGCAAGACCAAAGAGUUUGUAUGUAUGUAUUUUCUGUGAUAUGAUUCUUAUCAUGCCUCUUUCCCAAAUUGUAUGGCUAUGUUUUAAUGCCAAAUUUGUAUUGAAACAUUUUCUCUAUUUUGUUGGCAAACUGUGGCUGUGUUAUUCAGUCACAACACUGAGAUGAUUUGAACUAUUUUUAUACUAUAUGUUUUAACUAGUGUCUUAAUAUGUGCUUGUAAAUAUGUAUUUAUUUAGCAUCUCAACAUUGCUGUUAAAAUUUAAGAGUCGUUUUUAAAAAGCUCAACUCAUUGUCAUUGUUCUCUCUUUUUGAUAGUAUGUGGCCUGCGCUGGCAAAAUUAGUCUGAAGUUUAAAAAAAAUUGUUACCGUUUUUCUCUAUUGUUAACACACAGUUUCUGGUACUUGAGGCACAACUCUGAAAAUAUCUCACCCAUAUAGCAACACAAGCACAGUUCCUUCUGUACACUAAAUUUCAGUUCUAAAACAUGUUUUCUCAAAACACUACACAAAAUUCUAUGGAUUUGGCAGAAUUUUCAUGAACAAAUGAUAAAAUUAACAUUAGCAAUCAUAGCUUCAUAAGGACACACAUUACAUGUGAUAUUGAUGAAUAGAUGUGUAGACGCAGUGAGUUCACCCAUAACUUUGAGUUGUUGAACGGCAAAAUAUGUAAUACAAGAAAUCAUUUUCAUGUGGUUACCUAGUAUUUUACAAUGAGUGCAAUGUGCGAUGUCAGUGUCAGCUAAAUAUGCAAAAUAGAUUUGUUUAAUUUAGUCUAAAAAUGUAUUUCAGUAUUUUACAACACAAAUAUACCCACAAAUAUACACUGAAGAAAAUAAGGCAUGCUGAGUAUAGUGCUUUAUGCACAUUAAUGUUCAAAUGGUUCAUGAGCGCAAACUGAAAUGAUGGCUUGUGUUUGUCAUUUGACAACAAAAUUGCUGUUUAAGAAGAGAGUAUAUUAUUUAUUGUUCAUUUCGCAGAUGUGAGUGUUUUUGCCCACCGUGUGUGAAUCUUUUAAAUUUUUCUGUAGAUUUUUGAGAAUAUGAGAUGAUUCCAGAAAAUGUGUGUUAGCAAUUAGGGGAAACUGUACACAUUUGAUUCAAAUGAAAAGCCUUGAAAUUAUUGCAAUUUAUCUAUUUUCAUUCUUGUAUGGCUAUUUGAAAAGAGGUUGAUUUUAAUUAAGAUGUUAUUUUUUUAAAUCUAUAAAUGUGAUUUUCCCAGAUGUAGAAUUUUAGGAUGGUCAUACAUAAAAUAUCCCAACAAUGACAUUGGUCAAAUAUGUGUCUCUGUCCAACAGCUGAUUCUAAAGUGCAUUGUUUUAUCUUUUCACUGUUGUCAAAAUCACAAUAUUGAAUCACACGUCCCUGUUCUGACGGACUCAUUUUGUGAAUUUUGGUCUCUUUUUUAGCUAUUGUAACACAUGUUCUCUUAACACAUGUUUUCUGUCUAACUUGACAUCCUACUGACAUGAUGAGUUCUUUCACAUAAAUAAAGAAUGUGAAAUAUUUUUGGAAAAUA